AUGUCAGCCCAGACGGCCCAUCUGUCCGGGCCACAUGUGUCCCUUUCAUUGCUCCUGCCGGGGUCCACCUCUGCCUCUGCUCUCCAGAAAGAGUCAGUCGCCCCACAGGCCUGGACCUGCCACCCCUGCCUCUUCCCCAAGACCCGGGAGCUGCGACAGCUGCAGGUGUGGGAGCGCCCCGUGGCCUUGGAGGCUGAGCUGGCCCUGACGCUGAAGGUCCUGGGGACCGUGGCUGACGCGUCCCAGGGGGACAUCCUGGACCAGCCCCUUCACAUGCUGCGCCACAUCCAUUCCGAGCUCCGGGCCUGUGUGAGCACUCAGGGCACAGCAGGCCCCCAGACCCAAGGCCACCUCCACCACUGGCGUUCCCGGCUCCACAAGUCCCCACUGAAGUCCCUCAGCUACCUGGAGGCCUCUGUCAUGUUCAACCUCUUCUACCUCCUCAUCCGGGACCUGAAAGGUGUCACUAGUGAAGACUCUUGUGUCUGA